AGUUUUAUAACCUCAUUAUUACACAGUCCUCACUUUGGCUUGCAGCCUCUUAGGUGCGUUGGUGAAGAAAACAAAACACUCUCCUCCAAAAUGCACCUGCAUAGGUGAGAGGCGCAAGUACAAGGAGGGAUAACUUUUGUUCUACAAGAGCGUCUUUUAUUUAUUUAUUUAUUCUUUAGUUCGUGGGUACGCUCCUACCUGGCAGGUCGCCCUCCGAUGCAAUUAACCCAGGAAGACGAGUUUGUGCAUGACCCCACGCCGGCCACCGCAGCCCUCCAGUCGGACAGAAGCGCCGGAUCUCCGGCCAAAAUGUGCAGCGAGUGCUACGUGAAUCAGUCAUUUGUGAACGACGAUGGGACCGUGAGCGCCCACAAGCAACGCUCUUCUCCUUCUCCACUUCCGACUAACACCAGCCGCAGCAGUGGAGUUAUCUUAGACAUCUCCUCGCUGAAGAUGGAGCAGUUGGAGAGCGAAGUGCCUCCGCUGCCGCCCCGCUUCCGCUUUAGAGACCUGCUGCUGGGGGACCAGAACUUCCAGAACGACGACAGGGUGCAGGUGGAGUUUUAUGUGAAUGAAAACACCUUCAAGGAGCGUCUGAAGCUUUUUUUCAUCAAAAACCAAAGAUCAAGCCUCAGGAUUCGUGUGUUCAACUUCUGCCUGAAGCUGCUAACAUGUCUGCUGUACAUCAUCAGAGUGAUGACGGACAGACCCGGUCAGGGCACAGGCGGCAGCCACAGCUCAGUGCAACAAAACGCUCCAAAUGGCAACAAAUGUGUCGACUGCCAGUGGAAUGGAUCAGUGCAGGACAGAGAAAUUAAUUGGGACUUGAUCUUCUGGGUGGAGAGGAAAGCUCCUGUCUGGGCCAUUCAAGUGAUCGUGGCCAUCAUCAGUUUCCUGGAGACCAUGUUGCUUAUGUAUCUGAGCUACAAGGGGAACAUUUGGGAGCAGAUAUUUCAGGUUUCCUUUCUUCUGGAGAUGAUCAACACAGUUCCUUUCAUUAUUACAAUCUUCUGGCCUUCAAUAAAGGACAUCUUCAUUCCUGUAUUUCUCAACUGCUGGCUGGCUAAGUGUGCGUUAGAGAACAUGAUUAAUGAUGUCCACAGAGCGAUCCAGAGGACAAACUCGGCCAUGUUCAACCAGGUCAUCGUUCUCAUCUGCACCCUGCUGUGCCUCGUCUUCACUGGCACAUGUGGGAUUCAGCACCUGGAGCGAGCGGGUCAGAACCUCUCCCUCUUCAAUUCCUUCUACUUCUGCAUUGUCACCUUCUCCACCGUCGGCUUUGGAGACGUGACUCCACGCAUCUGGCCUUCUCAGCUGCUGGUCGUCAUCAUGAUUUGUGUGGCUCUGGUGGUGCUUCCUCUCCAGUUUGAGGAGCUGAUCUACCUGUGGAUGGAGAGACAGAAGUCUGGAGGGAACUACAGCCGCCACAGAGCUCAGACAGAGAAGCAUGUAGUUUUAUGUGUCAGUGCACUUAAAAUAGACCUGCUCAUGGACUUUCUCAAUGAAUUCUACGCACACCCCAGACUGCAGGACUACUAUGUGGUGAUCCUGUGCCCGAGUGAAAUGGACCUUCAGGUGCGAAGAGUGCUGCAGAUUCCCCUGUGGUCUCAGAGGGUCAUCUACCUGCAAGGGUCGGUCCUCAAAGACCAGGAUCUGCUCCGUGCAAAAAUGGACGACGCAGAGGCUUGUUUCAUUCUGAGCAGUCGCAACGAGGUUGAUCGCAUGGCCGCGGACCACCAGACCAUCCUCAGAGCUUGGGCUGUGAAAGACUUUGCUCCAAACUGUCCUCUUUAUGUCCAGAUACUCAAACCUGAAAAUAAGUUUCAUGUUAAAUUUGCAGAUCAAGUUGUGUGUGAGGAGGAAUUCAAGUACGCCAUGUUGGCUCUCAACUGUGUGUGUCCUGCCACUUCCACCUUGGUCACACUCCUAGUUCACACCUCCCGCGGACGAGAAGGACAGCAGUCUCCGGAGCAGUGGCAGAGGAUGUAUGGAUGUUGCUCCGGCAACGAGGUCUACCACAUCCGACUGUGCGACAGCAAGUUCUUUGGAGAGUACAAUGGCAAAAGCUUCACGUAUGCCUCGUUCCAUGCUCACAAGAAGUAUGGGGUGUGUCUGAUUGGGAUAAAAAGGGAGGAGAACAAGAGCAUCCUGCUGAACCCUGGUCCACACCACAUCAUGGCUGCCACAGACACCUGCUACUACAUCAACAUCACCAAAGAGGAGAACUCUGCCUUCAUCUUCAACCAGGAGGAGCGGAAGGGCCGUCCUGCUGGAGGAAUUUAUGACGGGCCCUCACAGCUUCCUGUGCACAGCAUCAUUGCAAGCAUGGGAACUGUUGCCAUAGAUCUUCAGAAUACAAGUCCACCCAACAUUCCAGGGGGCAAACUGGUCCCGCCCACUGUGAAUGGGACAGGCAGCCGCCGACCCAGUAUCGCACCAGUCCAAGAAAUUGCCGACUCUGCCGCAAUCCUGCCGUGUGACCUCCUGAGCGAUCAGUCAGAAGACGACACUGUUUUUACAGAUGAAAAGGGAAGCUCGUCCACUGAGUAUGUUAAAGGUUAUCCUCCCAACUCGCCGUACAUUGGGAGCUCGCCCACCUUAUGCCAUCUGUUGGCUGAAAAAGCACCAUUUUGCUGCCUACGACUAGACCAGGGCUGCAUGCACAACAGCUUUGAGGACGCAAAGGCUUACGGCUUCAAGAACAAGCUCAUCAUUGUGUCAGCUGAGACUGCGGGGAACGGCCUCUAUAACUUCAUAGUUCCUCUCAGAGCUUAUUACAGACCCAGGAAAGAGCUGAACCCCAUUGUCUUGCUGCUAGAUAACCCUCCUGAUAAUCACUUCCUGGAGGCCAUUUGUUGUUUCCCAAUGGUGUACUACAUGGGUGGGUCGAUAGACAAUCUGGACAGCCUGCUCCAGUGUGGUAUCAUCUAUGCUGAUAACUUAGUUGUGGUGGAUAAAGAGAGUACGAUGAGCGCAGAGGAAGACUACAUGGCGGAUGCCAAAACUAUUGUCAAUGUACAAACAAUGUUCAGGUUGUUUCCAAGUCUCAGUAUUAUCACCGAGCUCACACAUCCAUCCAACAUGAGGUUCAUGCAGUUUAGAGCGAAGGACUGCUAUUCGCUGGCUCUGUCCAAGCUGGAAAAGAAAGAGAGAGACAAAGGCUCCAACUUGGCCUUCAUGUUCCGCCUGCCCUUCGCUGCAGGCAGAGUGUUCAGCAUCAGCAUGUUGGACACCCUCCUCUAUCAGUCUUUCGUAAAGGACUACAUGAUUCUUAUUGCUAGACUGCUCUUGGGACUGGACACCACCCCUGGAUCAGGAUUCCUCUGUGCUAUGAAGAUAAAAGAGGAAGAUCUAUGGAUCGGCACCUACGGGAGACUGUUCCAAAAACUUUGCUCCUCCAGUGCUGAAAUUCCCAUUGGCAUCUAUCGCACAGAGUCUCACAUUUUCACCGCUUCAGAGUCCCAGGUGUCCAUGAGUGUUGACGACUGCGAAGACACAAAAGACAGAGGGGACGAGCCUCGCAGCAACGAGCAGUCGGAUCACCCCCUGCUGAGGAAGAAGAGCAUGCAGUGGGCGCGGCGUCUCAGUAAGAAAAGCGUGAGGUGGCAGGGGGGAAGCCGGGACUCAAGUAAAGACCACGCCCAGCGCAUAGCCCAGCAGCGUCUCAACCUCUACAGACGCUCCGAGAGGGAAGAGCUGUCCGAGCUGGUCCGGAACCGCAUGAGGCAUCUGGGCCUCCCCACCUCAGGAUACGAUGAUCUGACGAAUCUGACAGCCAGUGAUGUCAUGAACAGAGUCAAUUUGGGAUACUUACAAGAUGAACAGAAUGAUCACCAGAACACUUUGUCCUAUGUCCUCAUUAACCCUUCACAUGAUACCAGGCUGGAGAUCAACGACAUUGUAUAUUUGAUUCGUUCUGACCCUCUGGCUCACGUUCCUGAGGAGCCUCCUGUCCACAGCAGCAGCCUGAAAGAGAGACACGAGUCCAGCAUAGACACCAAAGAGGACACCCCGCUCUGACGCAGCGCUGGCCUUUAACUGGAUCGGCCCCCCUCUCAGUUGGGAUUUAGCUCUCCGAGUGCUGAAGCCCACAAAUGUAUAAUGUGAGUGCCUACUGCCUGUCUGAUCACAUUGGAUAUCAUGUUUGCCAUUUUCAUCAUCUUGCUACAAAUGCUGUACAUAUGAAUACUGCAUCACUGUCUUUUAAGCUCGUUGAAUAUGCAGGGAUUUCAGGGAGGCUUUUCCUACUUGCUGUUGUGUUUGGUUAGACUUAAAAUGAACUUCUUAGAUUUGUAUCUUCACUUUACCUAACACUUCUAAGUUAAUUCAGCUUAAAUCUGAUUUUCAAAUAUUUGGAAAUGAAGUUAGAGGCUUUAUCCCACUUUUUAAGUCUCUUUUCCAUUAUUAGAAACAAGCAGUACAACAGACAGAUGAUUAACUUUUCAGGUUUUACACAUCUGAACGUUUACAACUCUGCUAAAAUCGUGCAGCUACAAUCAAAAAGCCCCAAGUGACUUAAGCUAAACGUGUGCAUUAAAGCUUUCAGACUCAUAUUUUAUAGAUAAAUCCUUGAGGUAUUCAUUAGUGCCACUAAGACCUAAGUCAAUGGUUCAUGUACAAAUAAUGACGGUUAUUCAUAUGUUUGUCAGAGCAGAUCAUUGCUUUGUUAAGUUUUCACUAAAAGAACUUAAAAACUCAAAAAUUACUCAAUACAGCUCUAUAAACUGGCUGUGUUAACAUUCAGCAUCCUACCAUACAGGUUUGUUUAAAUUUUUUGGCUAUGCUUAGGUAUGGACUGGUUGUUGGUGUCAAAGUAUGCCGAAGGUUUAAAAAGUUACAGUUCCUAUAGUGCCAGAAAGACUAGAGAUUUGUCCAGAUGUAUGGAGUAUGCAGUGUUGAAAAGUUAUUUUAAGUUAAGAUUUAAUUUAUUUUAAAAAGCUGUCCAAGUCAACCUGGCCCUAUGUGAAAAAAUGUAUUGCCCUGUAAACCUAAUGACUGGUUACACUUGGCAACAACACGUGAUAUGAAACGUGAUAUGAAACUGUCAAUGAGUUUUUUUCCAUCACUGUUGAGGAAUUUCAUCCCACUCUUCUUUGCAGAAUUGUUUCAAUUCUGCCACAACAGUCAGAAACUAAUAAUUUUAUCCUUCUGGAUUUGAUGGUAGACAACAGAACGCAUGGUUUAUCAAUUGUGGCAAGACGCUCAGGUUGUCCAUAUAUCUCUGUGCAAUGCAAUGCUAGUCUGCUAGUCUGAAUGAAGCUUCAUACUCCCCCCCCCCCCCCCCCCCCCCCACCUUUCAAGAGAGAAAAAUCCACCUAGAAGUCCUACAAAUAGGUUAAGCAGCUUGCUACUUGAGCAGCGAGGCUGACUGAUUAACCACUUAAUUUCAAAUUGUUGAGCAAAACUGGGGAAAUAAAGGUGUAAUAUUCAGCACCAUUAGCACUUAAAAACGUUCAUAACCUAAGUGGGUUUCUAUCAAAACUUUCCUGAUGCCUUUGUACAUAUAUCAAAAUUAUAUAUAUGACUUACAACAUUAAUAUAUCUAUAACAACUUACCGGUACAUGUUAUGUUGUUUUAGUCACAUCAGUGACACAGAUUAGCAUACAGUGAGAAUCUCAUACCGGUCCAUGCCUAUAUGUACCACAUCAGGAAUUAGAGAACUUCGUGUUGCUCUAUGAAGGCACCGCUUAUUAAUUGUCUGACUGUUGAGCAAGGUGUGUACUUCUUCCAUCUUUUUGCAUUUAGGUCUGACUUUGUACCAAUUUCAGUGUUUACAAUAUUUGUACUUGAUCACAGUUUUAUGUGCACAUUAAAGUGCUUUAAAAUACAUAAAAUCA